AUGGGAAACAUUUGCUCCCGCUCCGCAAACAAACCCGACGACCCUUUCUCCCACCCCGGCCGCUCCCUCGCCUCCUCCGCACCCUCCCAACACCAGCAUCACAACCGCGCCCCCUCCGCCCGCGCGCCAAACAACCAAAAGCCCUUCACAGUUCCAGGGCGGACACUAGGUGGCGGUGAAGAGGGGCCGGGGACGGGGAUGGAUGCGCGGACUAGAGCGGCGUUGGCAGCGCAGGCACGAGCGGACGCAGCGCAAUCGUCGAAUAAAGGAAAGCUCGGGACGAAGUUGGCGGCGCAGAAGUCCAUGACGCAGGCGCAGGCGUUGAAUGAGGCGAGCCAGUCUGAACGGGCUGCUAGAGAUGCGGAUGGGGCGGCUGAGGCGAGGAGGUGGCAAUGA